AUGGCCGAAGUGACUAAAACUGCCAGGAGAAGAUUCGUUGGCAUCAAAAAAGAUGAUUAUUCUAACUCUUCCUCAGGUAAUGACAAAUCUGCGGUAGUUCAUAGACCAAGAACCAGAAUCAAUGCUACGAGAGCUAUCAAUCAUAUACCAGAUGAAAUUUUAAAUGACAAGGAGCUCAAUGAAAGUGUUAAAUUAUUACCGCCAAACUAUAACUUCGAGGUGCACAAGACCAUUUGGAAUAUCAAAAAGCACUCUGCGAAACGAGUAGCGCUACAAAUGCCGGAAGGUCUUCUGAUGUACUCUUUGGUUAUAAGUGACAUAUUGGAGCAGUUUUGUAAUUGUGAAACUGUUGUAAUGGGGGAUGUUUCCUAUGGUGCAUGUUGCAUUGAUGAUUAUACAGCGCGUGCAUUAGAUUGUGAUUUUUUGGUACAUUACGCACACUCCUGUUUAGUGCCUAUAGAUAUCACUUCAAUUAAAGUGCUCUAUGUGUUCGUAACCAUAAAUAUUAAUGAAGACCAUAUAAUAAAGACUUUACAAAGGAAUUUUGCUAAGGGUGAACGCUUAGCAACUUUUGGAACCAUUCAAUUCAACCCAGCCAUCCAUAGCAUAAAAGAUAAACUACUCAAUGACGAUGGCCAUAUGUUAUACAUCAUUCCUCCGCAAACUAGACCUUUGUCGAAGGGUGAGGUUUUGGGUUGUACAUCUCAAAGAUUGGAUAAGAAACAAACAGAUGCUAUGGUAUAUAUUGGGGAUGGAAGAUUUCAUUUAGAAUCGUCAAUGAUCCACAAUCCUGAAAUUCCGGCUUUCAGAUACGAUCCUUACAGUAGAAAGUUCACUCGCGAAUACUAUGACCAAAAGAGACUUGUAGAACUCAGAUCUGAAGCGAUCAAUGCAGCACGACAUGGAAAGACUUUUGGAUUAAUCCUAGGUGCUCUCGGUAGACAAGGAAAUUUGGCAACUUUAGAAAAGCUAGAGAACUCAUUAAAAGAUUCCGGUAAAAAAGUCGUUAAAAUAAUAUUAAGCGAAAUUUUUCCUCAGAAACUCGCAAUGUUUGAUGAUAUUGAUGUUUUUGUCCAAGUUGCGUGCCCUCGAUUGUCUAUUGACUGGGGUUACGCAUUCAGCAAACCCUUAUUGACCCCAUACGAAGCCAAUGUUUUGCUACAAAAAGAUGUAAUGUUCACCGAUAAAUAUUAUCCGAUGGAUUAUUACGAAAGCAAAGGAUAUGGAAGAGGUCAAAAUCCUGUUCAUGAAGGUCAAAUCAAUACAUAA